GGGGCUGGCUUCCGGCGGCUCGGAGCGUGAGCGCGGCCGGCUGGGGGAGGGGGUGUCGGCGCCGGCGAGGGCUGCGCUCCGAGCCUGGCCCCCAGCAGCCGCUGCCUCCUCCCCCUGCUCGGAACCUUCCCGUCCUGCUCCCGGGCGGGGCGAGGAGGGCUGGCCUGCCCCGGGCGGGCGGGGAGGAUCCCGGAGCCCCACGGAGCGCUGCGGAGCGAACCUCGCCUCCCUUCCCGGGCUCAAGUGUGAGUGACUGCCCCAUGUUGUGUUGAUGCCGGUCUGCCAUGCUAGCCUGUCUGCCAGGGCCAGGUGACCUGUCCUUUCAGCUUCUUUCUCACACGCAGAUGAACACUGGACUUCAGAAAUGGGACACUACACAGAAAAUGAGAACUGCUCACUAUCCCACCCCAGCCGAAUUGGACGCGUAUGCUAAGAAGGUCGCAAACAACCCACUGACUAUAAAAAUCUUCCCCAACAGUGUGAAGGUUCCCCAGCGGAAACACGUUCGUCGUACUGUGAACGGCCUCGACACAUCAGCCCAGCGCUACAGCCCCUACCCGACUCAGGCUGCCACCAAGGCAGGCCUGCUUGCCAUUGUCAAAGUGCCAGCCAAAAGCAUACUCAAGGACUUUGACGGCACCCGAGCCCGGUUGCUCCCUGAGGCCAUCAUGAACCCCCCAGUGGCACCCUAUGCUACUGUGGCACCCAGCACUUUAACCCAUCCCCAGGCCCAGGCUCUGGCCCGCCAGCAGGCCCUGCAGCAUGCACAGACCCUGGCCCAUGCCCCUCCCCAGACGCUGCAGCACCCUCAGGGUAUCCCGCCACCCCAGGCACUGUCCCACCCUCAGAGCCUCCAGCAGUCUCAGGGCCUGGGCCACCCUCAGCCGAUAGCCCAAACCCAGGGCUUGGUCCAUCCUCAGGCCCUGUCUCACCAGGGUCUCCAGCACCCCCCCAAUCCCUUGCUGCACGGAGGCCGGAAGAUGCCAGACUCAGAUGCCCCCCCGAAUGUGACCGUGUCUACCUCAACUAUCCCCCUUUCAAUGGCGGCCACCCUGCAGCACAGCCAGCCCCCGGACCUGAGCAGCAUCGUGCACCAGAUCAACCAGUUUUGCCAGACGAGGGCAGGCAUCAGCACUACCUCAGUGUGUGAGGGCCAGAUCGCCAACCCCAGCCCCAUUAGUCGCAGUCUGCUCAUCAAUGCAAGCACCCGGGUGUCGACCCACAGCGUCCCCACACCAAUGCCUUCUUGUGUGGUCAAUCCCAUGGAGCACACCCAUGCGGCCACAGCCGCUUUGCCUGCUGCUGGGCCUGUCAACCUGCCCACAGGCAUCUCUCGAGCCCCCACUGGCUACCCUAGCGACCUCAAACCAGUCGCCUGGAACCAGCACCAGCUGGCCCACCUACAACAGAUGUGCAGUGAGGCUGGUGGGACGCCAGCCCCUGGCCUGACAGGCAAGCAUGCGGUGGGACGCGAGUUGGCAGGGCCUGGCUUUGUGGGCAAGGCCCCUGCCUACCCGCAGGAACUCUGCCUGGCACAGUCCUUCCAUCUGAAACCACCCCUGGAGAAACCAACCCCAUCCCCACCAGUCAACGGCUUGGCAGCCCCACUGGCCUACCCCAAUGGUCACUACUUCCAACCCCUCUGGAACAACAUUCUGCCCACUCCCAAUAGCGACAGCUCGGGGUCUCAGGACCUCGCCAUGCCGUUCCACGGAGGGCAGUCCACAGGUGCACCCCUCGACUGUGCGGCGGCUGCUGGGGCCCACUACCGAGCAGGAACCGGGGGCGGUCCAGUGGCCAGCCAAAACAGCUUGAUGCAAACAGUGGAUUACCUAAGUGGGGAUUUCCAGCAGGCCUGCUUCCGUGAACAGAGCCUGGCCAUGCUGAGCAAGGCCCAUCGAGCCCCUGGCAAUCGAGCCCCUGAUCCCACAGAUAGUCGAAGUCUUCAUAUUCAGCACCCUGGGUAUAGAUAGGUAGCUCCGGUGCCCCCCUCCGCAAGCUACAUCAUACAUCACCCUCCUAGGUUUAGUCUUACUUUGAGGAAUUGGAUAGUUUCAAAGUUUCACUGCUCCAAUGUGAUCAUUCUUAGAUGUCUAAGAAAGGGAUUUGGUGGGAUCUAAUUGAAGACAGAAGGAUGUCCUCUGUGCCCUCGUCCUCCCCUCCACCAGCCCCAGCAACUUUGGGGUCUAUGUUAGGACCUAGCCCCAAUGUCAUGCUUUUCUUUCUGCUGCCUGCUUCUCUGUCAGUCCCUCCACCGUGGCCAUUUUUCACCAGCCCCCUGUCUGUCUGGCAUCUCUGCCUGCUUCCUUUAGGACUAAGGUGUGGGCUAAAGGAAGGCCCUAGGUGAGGUGGCUGUAGGUGCCCACCGCCUGGCUUAGGCCUCUGUCUGUCUGUGUGUGUCUCGCUUUGGGACUAAAAAGCCAGACUUUCUAAGUGCUCUGGAAAUCCUCCUUUACCCAAAGACCUCAAAUCAAAACUGGCCCAGUCUUCAUCUCUCCAUUCCUCAAGGCUUUGUUUUAUAUCUACAUUGAUCCCAGAGCCGCUGCACUUGUCCUUGCCACCUUCCUUAAGGGCAUCUGCAGGCACUUGACCAUAGCCUUGAGAUGGGGGGAAGAAUCUGUCUUUGUAUUGGUCUCUUGGUCUCUAAGUCCCCUUUCCAGACGUAGAGAAAUGCAGUGACCACCUAGUAUACCCAAGAUCUCUUUCUGACUGUUGCCUCUUUCCUGACUCAUCUGCUGCCCUCAUCCCUCACUCCUUAAAAAAAGAAAAAGAAAAAACAAAAAAAGCUCUUCACUUGAGCCAUUAGGUAGGUAAGGGAUGAUCACAUUGGAGUUUGGAAUUAAAAACACCAAAAAAAAGAAAAAAAGAAAAAAAUACAUUUGGUUCUCUCUACACUGGCUAAGAAUAUUGCUCUACACUGUAAGUUUUAAAUGUCAUGUUUCCGUAUGAAUGUAGCGUGGGUUUGAGUAGCAUUGUGUGUGAGUGGCCCCACAGGUGCAUUCACCCCCUAGUCACCUCCUUUCAUAGCCCCUCAGUUUAAUGAAGAAAGAAGAAAAAAAAAAAAAAACACAAAGCCUUAAGCUCUUUGAAUUCUUCCUUUACCAAAUGAGCAUGGUUCUGGUAGCUGGAGAUGGGCCUCCAUCGGGAACAGCCCCUCCUGUGCCUCUUCUCUGCACAGACGCCCAUCCGCUCCGUGCUCGGUGUGUCUCAUUCGCAAGUAACAAUUAGUUGGCUAGAAAUGUAAAACCUUUCUGUAAUUUUAAACUUAGAUUAUGUUCUGUUGUGAUGUUUUACACCCAUCUUCUGUUAAAGACGCAUAGUUGGGCUCUGAUUUUUUUUUUUCCUUCCAAACCAAAUAAGCCCUUACCUUUCCUCUUGUCUCUGGGGAAUGUGAGCUGAUGUUCUUAUUUAAACUUUUGGGUUUUGUUUACUAUACUAUCCACUGUUCUUUAGCCAGAAAUUCUCUAGUCAUCUGAAGCAAUGUGACUGAAGACCAGUUUUUAAAUUAUGUGUUGGCAAGUUGCCUUAUAUUUAAAGAGAAAAAAGAAAAGAAAAAAAGAAAAAAAAAAAAAGCCUGAUUGUGUUAUGCCAAAUGAUAGCAACAUGAAGUUCUAAUUUAUUGUUCCUGAUUGUUUUCCUGUGAACACUGGUACCUCCCUGUCCUGGAGCCCUCAGGAGCACCUGCAGCUUCUGGUGCCAUGCCUGCUCCCAAGGUGUUGGUCACCGGCUCACCCAGGCCUCCUUCCAGUUCUUACUUCUCUGAGUUAAAUUUAAGAGGACCACUGUCUCCCCUUACCCCUUGCUUGAUCUCCAAACCAGAUCAUUUUUUCCAUUGCCUCUCCCCAGAAGGUGAGCUACCAUUUUUAAGAAAUUGGACCAGACACCAACUUGGGGGCUUUAAAUCAAACAACCUCAAACCCAUCUCUUCCUGUGUAGGGGUGCAAGUCUCAAGCUCUCACUCCCACCCCUAGUCUGCAUGGAAAAUGUACUGUGACCCACCCCCUUCCUUAAUCCCCUGCUCCCCUCACCUCGGUGAGAUGUUUCCUUGUUCACCCUGAUCCCCUCUGCCAGCCAACCCCCAACCAGCAAUAAGGGUCCAAGCCAGGGCCUCCUAUCCACACUCCCUGUCUCCAUCCCACACUGCCCCUAGGGAAUACCUGGAUUCCCCACACUGUCCACAUACUGUAGCAUCCAUUCUCCAUCUCCCUCACCUCCUCACCUGUGGUGGUUUCUGGGUGUGAUGGGGUUUUUAAAAUUAUUAUAAACCAGUAAAAAGAAAAAACACCUUUUGACCUUGUCCUAUUCGUUUAAUGCUGUGAAUGUCUGAGGCGAUUUUUCUUACAAUGGUUUCUAACAGGUGUCAUUUACUAGAAGGGAAGUAAUUCCUCAUUUUAAAGAGGAUGACCCCAAUAUAUCCCACUCAGAAGCCUUAGCCCUUUCUUUAGACGAGGCUGCUGUUGUGAUUGCAGAGCAUGGAGUAGAUAGUUCAUCAG